AUGGGGAAACACAAGAACGAGAAGGAGGAGAAAGAGAAGCAUGGAAGAUACUUUAGAAGAUGCCAUCUUAGUAUUGUCAUCACUGAUUACUUCUCGAAACUCUUCACUACAACCAACCCGCCACCAUCAAAUGUAGUUGACGAAGCACUCUCCCAUACAGUCGAAGGCAACUAUAAAUGUUCCCUAGCUGCCAUCCCCACACCAAAAGAAAUAAAGGAAGCUGUCUUUUCAAUCCAUCCGGACAAAGCUCCGGGGCCGGAUGGAUUCUCUUCGAGUUUCUUCCGUACUAACUGGGAUAUAGUCGGACCAGCAAUCUCUGAGGAAAUAAUUGCGUUCUUCCCACACGAUACCCUGCCUCUCAACUUUAACCACACGCACAUGCGGCUCUUCCCGAAGAUAUCGGGACCCGAAUCGGCGGCUGACUACAGACCCAUUGCAUUAUGCAAUGUCUACUACAAAAUAGUGUCGAAGAUACUAACAAGGCGGCUGCAACCUGUUCUUGACACUAUUAUCUCCGAGAACCAAUCAGCUUUCAUUCCGGGGAGAGCAAUAGCGGACAACAUCAUGAUCACACACGAAACGCUACACUACUUGAAGCGAUCGGGAGCUACAAAGCACUGUGCCAUGGCCGUAAAAACGGACAUGAGCAAGGCGUAUGACCGGCUUGAGUGGAACUUCGUGGAUGCUGUUUUGAAACGACUGGGGUUACACGACGAUUGCAAACGCUGGAUCAUGCGAUGCAUUACAUCCGUCACAUACUCUAUCCUGCUGAAUGGAGAGGCGCAGGGAAUGAUCACACCAACCCGCGGAAUCAGACAGGGUGACCCCCUUUCCCCGUAUAUCUUCAUACUAUGCAGUGAGGUUCUUUCUGGACUCUGCUCAGCUGCACAACGCCGUGGCUCUCUCGCUGGAAUCCAAGUAGCCAGGGGAAGUCCGAAGAUAAACCAUUUACUUUUCGCCGACGACACCAUGUUCGUCGUCAAGACCAACCCAACGAGUGUCACUGCCCUUCGAGACGUGCUAAGGAAGUAUGAAUCUGUGUCGAGACAAGUGAUUAAUGCAACAAAAUCAUCGAUCACUUUCUCUAGGAAAACUCCAGCUGAGGUCCGGGAAAGAGUCAAAGCUACCUUGGGAAUAUCCAAAAAAGGAGGAGUGGGCAAAUACCUAGGACUUCCAGAACAUUUUUGCAAGAAAAAAAAAGACAUGUUCACCUCUAUUGUGGAUAAGAUCAGACAAAAGGCGGCAAGCUGGAGUACAAGACAGCUCUCGGCCACUGGUAAACUUGUAAUGAUCAAGUCAGUAUUAUCGGCGGUUCCCUCUCACUCAAUGAUGUGCUUCAAGCUACCCAAAAGUCUCACCAAAAGGAUCCAAGCCGCACUGACAAGAUACUGGUGGGAUGCAAGCCCAGAAGAGAGGAAAAUGUGCUGGGUCGCCUGGUCGGAAGUAACAAAAUCUAUGAAAGAUGGCGGACUGGGCUUCCGGGAAGUUGAAGCUUUCAACGACGCCCUCUUGGCAAAGCAAAGCUGGAGGAUACAAAUGAAACCGGAUUGUCUCCUCGCUAAGCUUCAAGCUCUUGCUCACAUGGUUGGCGAAGUGUUUUGUGUGGAAGAGACCUACUGCUGGAAAAAAACGGGGAAGGUGAUUGGGAAUGGAGCUGAUACUCGUAUUUGGGAUGAACCAUGGAUAUCUACUUCUGAGCUAGCCCAACCAAUGGGACCUCCGGAACUGGCAACAAAGGACCUCACAGUGGCGGAUUUAAUUGAUCAACCUUCGGGAACUUGGAACAGAGAGCUAGUUUCUCAUAUCUUCCCAAUUGAAGCACCAUCAAUACUUUGCCUUAGGCCUAGUACCUCGGGUGCCCUUGACAAGCACUGCUGGUUACCAACAAAAGAUGGAGAAUACUCCACCCGAACGGGCUAUUUCACUGCACUGGAGAUGAAGAUCACAAGCAACCUGCCUCAUACAACUCAAACCAACGUGGACUGGAGGAAAGAUAUUUGGACAGUGCCUCUACCUCCAAAGCUUCGUGUGUUUCUGUGGAAAAUCACCAAAGGAGCAUUGCCACUAGGGGAAAAUCUGGAAACUCGAGGAUUGACGGAGAACCUCACAUGUACUCAUUGUGGUAUGAAGGAAACAGCCUCACAUCUCUUUCUUCACUGCCAAUUCGCAGUUGACAUCUGGUCUGCAGCUCCAAUAAGCAACUUAGCGGUCAUCACCACAGCAUUGGACUUCGAAGAAGCACUCAAACUUGGAACAAAGCUGACUAACCUACCCCCUACAGGACUUCACAUGGGACCUCUGUUCCCUUGGAUUGUUUGGAACAUCUGGAUUACACGAAAUUUGAAGAUCUUCGAAAACAGGGUUUUCAAACCAGCGGAGACACUCUCGAAAGCAAUAGCAGACGCGCGUGAAUGGCAAGAAGCACAACCUGGGCGACAAACUGGGCCAAAACCACAUCUACAGGCUUCGACGCUACCAUUGCCUCGAACGGACGCCUUGAUUAUCAACACUGAUGCAUCAUGGAAAAAAGAACUCUUUUCUGCAGGAUUGGCUUGGGUUUUCUCAACACCAUCAGGACAUGUGUUACACCAACAGGGCCUAUUCGAAGAUUGUGUAAACUCAGCUCAGAUGGCGGAGGCCUUAGCGAUAAGGGAAGCUCUACGCCAAGCCAAAGCACAAGGUUUCAACAACGUCAUCCUCAAGUCAGACGCUCAGACUUUAGUCCGAGCCAUCAACAAUCGAGAAUCAAUCAAGGAUCUCUUUGGAAUUCUUCAUGAUAUUCUUAAGUUAGCUUGUGACCUUGAUGUAAUCUCCUUUCAUUAUGUUCCUCGUUCAGACAAUAGGGCAGCUGAUGAACUCGCCAAGAGCGCGCUUCUCAACUACUCCACCUAUCCUUUGUGA